AACCUAGAAUCCACGAGCCUAUGAAAGCAAGAGGGGAGUUUACGAGGCCUUAUCAUCUGUGCGCAAGGCACAAGGUUGUUGAGGAGUGGCUUUGACCCUCCUUCUGGGCUAGACUAUUAUUAUUAUUUUGAGUCAUUCUGUCAGAUGCUCUGCUCAUGCCUGGCAUAUCAUCAAUGAUGCGUAGACUACGUUUGGUCAUUACGCUGUAAUCUCCGUAUUUACGUAAUACUGAAUAAUCAUGAUGUCGACGAUGAAAGAUACGGUUUCUCUACCCCAUGGAAGGAACCGAUUCGCUUUUUACUCGAAAGAGUCAAGGGGAAAAAAAAAACCAAAACGAAAGGGGAAAGAAAAAGGGCGGUGGGUCUUGCAGAUUGCUUUUGAUUAUUUGAUUAAUUCUUUUUUUUUGACUAUUAUUUUCUUUGGGGCCCCGUAAAAGGAUGCAGUACUACUGCAUUCUGCAUGUAUAACAGAAAAUAACUAUAAUUGACGGGCAAAUUCGAGUAAAUAAAAUUCCGGAAUGAUUUUUCGACGGUGGGACAAGGAAUAAGGGGGAGGGUCAACAAUUCCCUCCCUGCGUCCCCAGAAGACGAGGCAACGAGUGGAAUAGAAGGAGCUUCUAGAAAAUUUCCCUUGAAUUUCCGAUUGGGGCAUCCCAGAUAACACCAGCCCACACCGGACGGAACUAGUGCAAAGACGGUCAGAUAAUUCUGACGUAGUUCAUUCCCCUUUGUCCGGUUGUGGAGCUUCAGCUCCUGUUCACGGCAGGGGUUAGUUUCUCUCACAUAUUUUUUUUUUUAAUUUUUCUUUUUUGUAAAUCGGGAAUUAUGGUUGUUGUUGGGGUUAAUUAAAAAUAAAAAUAAAAAUAAAAAGACAGACGAA